AUUACUUGUUUCUCUUGUCGUAUCUGGCAACAACACGCGCUUCAUGUGCUUCGAAGCAGGGUUUGUUGUGUCGGAGCUAACGGCUGUUGGUUUUCUGAGCCUUUAGACACAACAUUGCGCUGUUGUUAACGCCAAAUUUUAACGUUAUCACGUCGAUAUGAAGUGAUUUUAAAAGAGAAACGCUUUUUGUUCAGGUGUUUGGGCUUUUAUUUUGGCGGCGUUGCCUCAGGUUGCGCAUUCUUCCUGUCUUGAGGCUGUAAAUUUUGGGGACAUGCUGGAUUUCUCUGAAGAGGAAAUUGAAGAACAGCUGAAGCUCCUGGGCUACAAAAACAUCCAGAAACACAAGCUGUGUGAAUUUAAACGAGAGCUCGAUGAACUGAUCCAACAAGGAAAAUGGGAAAACCUGAUUCCUUCCAGUCAGAAGAAUUCCACUGGAUCUCACACCAUCAUGUCUCCUGUGACUCCGCCUUCCUCCGUCAAAGAACGCGUCAGUCCGUGCUGUGUACAAAGUCCCAGUGAUGGAUUUUUCUUACAUGAGUUUGAAGAAGAACCUAACAGGCCAGUGCUGACGUGUCAGAACAGAGACUUUGGGCAAAAGAAGGGGCAGAGCGACUCAUACGCUCAACACUCUGUGGCGGCGAAGCACCGCCUACCUCCAGGAGCUCCGACCACGCUGUGGGCGGCACCGGGUUCGGAACUCAGCGAGAGUCCCACGUCUGUGCCGGGACUCCGGCACAGACGCUUCAUCAAGAGGAAAGUGCUGAGGAAACGUGACGGACAGUCUGUGGUCUGCGAUGAAUCCGUGUACAGUGAAGAAUCAGAUUCAGUGAGCUUUCUGAGUGAACGUCUGGCAGAAAUCGAUUUAUCCGCUUCAGAGAAACACGAUUCUGAGACAGAGAACGAAGACGUCACCAGCUGCUCUGAUCGUCAGAGCGCCGAGUUGCAGGAAGCGUCUCUGAGCGCCUUUGAGUCCUACAUCAGGAGUCUGACUGAAACUCGGCGAGACUUCAGGAUCCGAUCCAAACCCAAAUCCUUCAUCCGUCCGGCACUCGGUCAGCAGAAGGUUAAGAAGAGCGACCCCGUGGCCAAGUAUUUCUACUACAAGCGGCUGUGGGAAGCCUUGAAGCUUCCAGGUGAACAGGACCGCAGCGCCCUCCACAGGGAGAUAAAGGAACAGCUGGUACACCAACCGCCACCGCAGCCUAAACCUCGGCGGGUUUACGUACCAAACACGUACGUUGUGCCAACAGAGAAGAAGCGCUCAUCUCUGCGGUGGGAGAUCAGGAACGACUUGGCCAACGGUGUCCUUCCUCACAAAUAUGUUUACCGAUUUUAGGCCUUGAGCUGCUGUACGUGUUUUUU